CCGCUGAUGUUCGGCGGCCAAACCUUUUUCCCCAGCGCCGACAGAAAAAGUUCCAGCUGCCCUUGCCAAGAGCUUGCAACUUUCCCAACCGCCCGCAAGCCAACGACAAAAUGCUGAAACAAGUAAAACCAAAAAAUGCCCGCGCCAAGCGCGCAAUGGCAAAGCGUGAACCGCAGCAGAACGAGAACCCCAAGACGACGCUCUUCGUCACGGGCCAGAAGACGUCGCAAAUCCUCAAGCUCGCCGUUGCCGACCUAUGCACUCUCAAGCGGCCCUUUGUCGAGCGCUUCACCAAGAAGAAUGACAUCCAUCCGUUCGACGAUGCCACUUCGCUCGAGUUCUUCUCUCUCAAAAACGACACUUCGCUCCUCGUCCUCAGCUUGCACUCGAAAAAGCGCCCACACUGCAUGACCAUCGCGCGGACUUUCUCGCACAAGAUACUCGACAUGCUGGAAAUCUACAUCAACCCGGAGACGUUCCGCACACUACAGCAGUUCAAGAACAAGAAGCCCUCGGUUGGCCUAAAGCCGCUCAUCUCCUUCCACGGCACAGUCUUUGAAGAUCCAAACCAGACCAAGUACACGCUCGCAAAGAGUCUUUUCAUCGAUCUAUUCAAAGGCCAAGACGCAACCGAGGUCGAUGUCGAAGGCCUACAGUACCUGAUAAGCGUUUCAGCAGAAGAGCCAACGGACGAGCGGCCAAACCCUGAGAUAAAAUUGCGCUUCUACCUCCUCCGCACCAAACGCUCGGGCCAGAAGCUGCCGCGCAUCGAAGUCGAGGAGAUGGGGCCCAGGAUGGAUCUCACCCUCGGCCGCGAACAGUUCCCAGAUGCGGAUAUGCUGAAGGCUGCGAUGAAGAAGCCAAAGGGCGUCGAACCAAGGACGAAGAAGAAUAUUGAAACUGACAUCAUGGGCGAUAAGACGGGCAAGGUUCACUUGAGCAAGCAGGACUUCAAUACCCUGCAGUCGAGGAAGAUGAAGGGUCUCAAGCGUUCAAGGAAGGACGAGGAUGAUGAGGAGGUGGGUGUCGAGGACGCGGGCUCGCAAGACGAUACAACGACACUGAAGAAGGUGAAGGUCUAGAAUUGUUCUGAAUCAUGGAAAGAAGAUCAAAGGAUGACGUUGCAUGGGCUGGCGUUCGGGCAUUUCUGGUGUUAUCAGGGUUAUACCACCUGGGAUACUCAGGCAAUAGGCGUCUCAAAAGUCAAUGGUAUCAGUUAUCAAUCUACCAAAGUCUCGCC